AACUUUCCCCAGCCCCACGCGGAGGUUGAGGUGCUUGGGGCAGUAAGUAAGAAAUCGAUCGGGGUUUUCCGUGACCCUCAUAAGGGCUGCGUGGGGAAAAGAGGCGUUUCCCGGAACGUUUAUAGGAGGAGCGACGCGUCUAGUCGGGCAAAAAGGCUCAGGCGCCGGGUUGCGUGUGGAUCUAGCGGCAGCAAGCAGCCUUUGAGUUUGUGGUCUUGGGCCACUUGGCCACUUGGCGCCCGCGCAGACGCCUUCCUCUUAAGUUUUGAGUUUCGCUCCGAUCAUCAUGCAGCGGCCUUCCGUCUUUUUCCUCCUUGCUUUGGGCUCCUGGGCUUUUGGAAAAGGAUUCGCAGAGGAAGACUUUGUGAGAAUUUGGCCGGAAAAUCCUGUGGUGCAAUUUGGAAGUUCGCUUCAGAUAAACUGCAGCGCCAAUACGGAAGCAGAAGCGAUUGGCCUUGAAUCACCCUUCAAAAGGGAAAUCAUUGGAAUUGGAUCCAAUUGGAAAGCCUUCCGUGUCUCCAACAUCAGGGACUGGAAAAGUAGCCUCUUGUGCUAUACUAAGGAAGGCUCAGGAAAAUCUGCAAAAGCAACCAUUACUACUUACAAAUCUCCAGACAGUGUUGAGCUGGAUCCAGUACCACAAAUGGAAGUGGGAAAGCUGUAUAACUUGACAUGCCGGGUUUCUGGUGUAGCUCCCAUCCGGAACCUCACCAUAACCUUGCUGAAAGGGGAAGAGCAACUUCUGGUAGAGACUUUUGAAAAGGACAAAGCUGGUCCUCUUGUGGUGAACCAUGGCAUUAGAGCUCAGCAAAAUGACUACAACAAGACAAUCACCUGCCAAACAUCCCUGGAUCUGAGACCAAGAGGACCACUCCUAAAAAAUACUUCCCACGGCAUAUCAUUAUGGACUUUUGAUUUUGCAAAGGCUCCCCUGCUCCAUGCUGGCCUGUUCUUAGAAGCUGGGACCGUGAUGGAAGUGAUGUGUGAUGCGCCUGAGGCUUCCCCAGCUGAUGAAGUCAUGUUUGAUCUGUGGUUUGCAGGGGAACCUUUGACCUACAGCUCCGUCAAUGGGAAAAAAGUCGCAAUACAUCACAAUACGUCACGUGAUGUGGAGAGUUUGACACCCAUGUUCUACAGCAUCAGUGUGAUGGGGGGCUUGGCAAGUGCCCAGGCUGUGAUAGCCUCUUCCUCAGUUGGAGAUCAAGAGUUGAUCUGCAAGGUCUCUCUGGGGCCAGUGACCAAAACCGUGACGAAGAUGGUGAAUGUGUUUGCUUUACCAAAGCCCAUCUUGCAAAUUGGCAGAUCAGAAAUCGCCGUUGGUCAAACGGUGAACAUUACAUGUAGUGCGGAUGGUAGUGCUUCCCCUGGUUUUAAAAUGCAGAUCAGGAAUGCUACCAAAAUAUUAGCAUCCGGCAACGUAGAUCAAGUUUUCUUGCAGCAUGCAGUGAUCGCUCAACAAGAGGAUAAUGGGAGGGAAUUCAUCUGCCAAGUCAUCCUGACUGUUGAUGGGCACACCAAGGAAAGAAACAUAUCUCAAAAUCUCACUGUCUUCUAUGGGCCCCAAAUGGAUGACUCCAACUGUCCCCAGACAUUGACUUGGGAGGAGGGAAGUACGACAACAUUUACCUGCUCAGCCUUGGGAAAUCCCACACCAAUUGUUCAAUGCUGGAAAGAUGGGAAGUCUUAUAACACUGGGGAGCCACAGCUGGUCCAGACAGAGCAUAAUGGCAUAUAUCAGUGCAAUGCUACUAACCAGUAUGGCUUUGAUGCUAGAGAUGUGACCAUACACGUUGAAGCUUCUCAAUCCAUUGGCCAUAUCAUUGGCUAUAUAAUUGCUGCGGUGGUGCUGAUUGCCAUUGGGGCUGGUAUAGCUUAUUGGGUAAGCUAUAACCAAAAGAUUGGGAUCUACCAUCUGUGGCAGAAAGGGAAGCAACGGCAAUCACCACAAGCUGCUCAAAACUCAGUGGAGCAAAGAUUCCUGAAUGGCAAAGCAAAUGUCUAAGCAGAUCUGUGUUUACUACAAACUGAAGAACCACUUGUCCCAAUGCCAGCGAGAUUGUAGCUGUGUUCAAUGUUCAUCACUCAACUUAGCUGCAGAGGAUGUUGAUUACAUGCCAUCAAGUCAUUAUUUAUUUAUAUUUAUUUAUUUAAAACACCUGUAGCUGGCCAUCUUUCCACCAACUCUGGGUGGCUCCCAAUCAAAAUUAGGGACCACAUUGAUAGAUUUUCUCCAUGAUGUGGAAGAAGAAAUAUGGGAAACUGUUCUUCAGCUCCUGAACAUUUGAUGGGCAGUGGUCCAACUGGCCUUUGUUUUUGGACUUUGGAGGGGUGAUGAUAGUAACUUCUGCACUUUCAGUGAGUGGCAGUGCUUAGGCCUCCUGCCUUUUUCUGAAGCUCUCCUCUACCAUCUAAGUGAACAUUCAGACUUUUCUUUGAAAAAGCAACCAGGAACUAAAGGUGGUCUUAAAGUUUUUGGGCUACCUCCAGGAGGAGGCAUUACUGGGAAACCACUAAGAAGUACUGGAAUAGGAAGAGGGUGUCUGCAACACACCGCUUGGGCUUUUCCUGCAAUAAUGGACAACUCAGCCAUAGAGUGUAAAGCAUGUCAAACUCGUGAUGUCACGUGAUGUCGCGCAACGUAUCGGGACGGUUUUGCCAUUGCCUACAAUGGGGUGGGUGCAGCUUCCAGGUGAUAUGUCCAGCCCACGGGCUGGCAGUUUGACACCCCUGGUGUAAAGCAUCUUCCAGAUUUCUCCUCACACCGUUAAAUUAAAAAUAAUACCAUAAUCAUAA